AGAAUUGAUGAGGAUAGCAAAUGGCUGCCUACAGCAGCUCUGGUGCGCCAGCAUCUCUCCAAAGCCUCUUGGUUUGCCUUGGUGGUCUCAACGAGGAUCGACUGAAGCAAUUGCGAGAAGAUGAUGAGGAACUUGAAGCCUUCAUGAGAAACACUCAUAUAUUCCAGGAUUAUGACAAUUCUAUCGAAGCAGUCAUUGCGGAAAAUAGUGAAUUGGCUGAAGCCAACUUGAGCCAUAAAACUGACCUAAAUGAGAAACGGAAAAGGGUGCUGGAGAAGUUCAAUGAAUAUGUCACACUGAAGAAGACACUAGAGGAAAAGUCUGAGAAGUACCGGCAGCUGUCUACGAAGUAUUCCCCUGAAUCAAUACAGGCAUGCUUGUCAGAGGCUGUUCUGCAAAAGGAUGAAGAGAGUGAAGAUUUUGCUGAGAAGUUUCUCUAUGAGGAAAUAAGUUUGGAUGACUUCCUUCCAGAUUACAUGUCACUAAGAAAGGUCAGUCAUCUAAGAAGAUUGAAAGAAGAAAAACUGCUGAAACAGCUUGAGCAGCUAAAACAAACUGGACUCUUCUGAUGGAUGUUCAUUCUCUUGGAUAACUGUGAUAUCUACUUGUGGUGAUAUUCUCAAAUAUAGGAAAAUUUCAGUUCCUUCACUGAUAAUCCUAGGAAGCACACAGGAUUCACCUCAUUUUAGCUCCAAAUUACAAAUGUGGAACAGGCAAUGUCCUAUUUGAAUAGUUGCAAGGGUUGGAAAAAGAAACUAGCCUCAACCUGAAUGCACAAAGAAACUGAUAGGCUUAUUAUCAUGGAUUUGUGUUUUAAAGGAAGUUGUUGAAGAGGGCCCUGAAAUGUAAGAAAGAGACAAUGAUGCUCAAGAUGACAUCAUUUUAGUACUCUGUCCAUGUGAACAAAGGUCAAGAGAUUUUCAGAAUGAACAUUUUUAUUCAUGUGAAGGGAGCAACC